AUGUGUGCAUGUUGGAUUGCAUCUUGUGCAGCCUCCACCAAGCCGGGAUCCUCCGUAUUGACAUCUGAAUCAGCUGGCGGAGUUGUUUUCUCCAGCAUGGAGUCUCUGUUGGCUCUCAGUUCCAUCCUAGUGGUAGAGCUAGUCCUUGCACCUUACGAGGCAGCCAUUCACAAGACAAGCCGCUGUUGGGACGGCAUACACGUGUGUGCCAUCCAAUCUCUCGACGAUGCCAACCCCAACAUGCUGGACUCGUACUCCGUGUGGGGUACUUCCUUUUUUUGGGAGCCUACCGCUUCAAGCAAGAAUAUUCACACUCGACCCUUUUCUAGCCGUGAUGCAUGCCAAUUGGAUACUCACGAUGGUCGCUUUGCGGGGCUGAACUGGAAAGACGACCAAGGCGGCGACUACAAUGCGAUCGACUCACACACCAGCCGCUUUUUCUCCUACUCGGCGACGAAUAGAAUGCCCGAGACGCUCGCUUCUUAG